CUUUCUUUUGAACCCAUCCUGUGUGCCUAGCUAGAUCCUUCCCGCUCCCAGUAGUCGAUCGUUUCCCACAGAUUCCUCGGCUCCACGCCACAGGGUCCCUGUUCUUCGACUCGCAAUGACCAAGCACCAGAGAGAUGAACUGGCCAACCAGCAUGCCGUGUCCCUCGCCCUCUCGCUCUGCCUCGGUGCCGUCGCUGACCGCAGCAAGAAGAUGCGCCGCACCGCCGCCGCCGCCGGUGGGGAUCAGUUCGUGUGCAAGACGUGCGGCCGCUCGUUCCCGUCGUUCCAGGCGCUGGGCGGCCACCGGACUAGCCACCUGCGCGGCCGCCACGGGCUCGCGCUCGCCCUCACCACCGGCGAUCAGUACUACUCCGUCAAGCCCAAGAACACUAAGGAUCAGAAGCAGGCGCACCAGUGCCACAUCUGCGGCCAAGGGUUUGAGACGGGGCAGGCGCUCGGCGGCCACAUGCGCCGGCACCGCGAGGAGGGGACGCAGGCGCCGCCGGUUCUGCUCGAGCUGUUUGUCUAGACUGAUCUCAGUAGUUCUAGACUUUAGUGCAGAUGCAGAGUUUCCGGCAUGCUUAUGCGUGCACACUCGUAGUAGUUAGGUGUUAACCAUU